AGACAGAGAGAGAGAGGAGUCACCGAUAGACAACAGGCAGGCAGGCGAACAGACAGACAGAUUAUCUUUGGCAGUCAGGAUGAGCCCACCUGGGGGAGCUGGACCACAAAACUGGAAUGACAAUGGACAUUUUCUUUCCCGACUCUCCGGACGCCUAGGCCGAGGUUGCUGUUGCCCCCCGUGGAGCCAAUGGGCCGCCACCAUGGUCUCCAUCUUGCUGCUCAGCGCCUGCUUCAUUGCCAGGUGCCUUGUGACUCAACGUGCCUUCUCCCGGUUCUGCAAGGAAGAAGGCACCCUUCUGCGACUGAACGACAUCUUCACAGAAAUUUCCUGCUACAGCUCUGGGUCAGGGUCCAUCCAAGAUUGUUGCCCUAGGGGCUGGAAGCACUUCCAGUCCCACUGCUACUUCUUCUCUUCGGACACCUUGACCUGGUCAUCCAGUCUCCUCAACUGCACCGGGAUGGGUGCCCAGCUGGUGGUCAUCAAUUCGCUGGAGGAACAGGAAUUCAUUUUCCACUCAAAGCCUAGCGGGAGAGAAUUCUACCUGGGCCUGACAGACCAGCAGGUCGAAGGGAAAUGGACAUGGGUGGAUGGCACGGCCUAUGACCCAUCUUGGAGUUUCUGGGACUUGGGGGAACCCAACAACAUCUUGGGACUUGAAGAUUGUGCCACCACAAGAGACUCUCCCAGUGCCAAGGAGACCUGGAAUGACGUGACUUGUUUCUCCUUCCACUACAGAAUCUGUGAAAUGCCAGCCCAGACCCUUUCUGCCGGGAAAAAGGGAAUGUGAGCG